AUGGAAGCCAACUCGGCUUUAGAACGUCGACCUUUUGCGGUUACUCAACACCUUAUUGAAAAGUACUAUGAACAUAUUCAUGGGAACGCAGCAGCUGCUGAUAACAGUGGAGCCCGCAGACGGAUUUGUGAAGGAAGUAAUAUUAUAGAAAGAAGGCAUGAGCUGAACCGGCAGGGAAGGAAAUAUUUGGCGGAAGGGCAGAAUAAGGGGAGAGGAACUUUUGACCAAUAUAGUUCAGAGAAUGAAGAAGCACUUUCUACAAGUGAUGAUGAGUUGGAAGAUGAAGAACAUGUCUCUUUGUUACCAAAAUUCAAGUCAUUUAUUUAUAGUUUAUUUCUGGGCGAUUAUGAGAAGGAUCUGCUUAUUGAGAGGAUUCUUGCCACGAAGCAGCAUGCCAUGUCAUAUGAUGAAUGGAGUUAUGCAGGGUUAAGAUUAGAUGAGUUGACUGAUAUGACAAAGUGGAAACAAAAAGUGGAAUCUAACUUAUAUGACUAUAAGCUUAUUAGAGAGUUGACCACGAAACUGCGGGAAAAAAGACUCGCUGAGGACUAUUCAGAGUUGUUAUACACGAUCAGAACUAGCUGGGUGAGGAAUUUGGGGAACAUGGGGAAUGUGAACCUUUAUAGACAUUCUCAUGUUGGUACAAAGUUUCUCACGGACCAAUAUUUAAACGAGUCGCGACUGGCAAUCGAUGCUUUACUACAUCAGUCUGAUUUAGACGACGGGUACGUGUUGGGGAUUUUACAACAAACUAGAAGAAACAUAGGCCGUACAGCUUUGGUGCUAAGUGGGGGUGGUACAUUCGGUUUGUUCCAUAUUGGUGUGCUAUCAACGCUCUUUGAAUUAGACCUCCUACCGAGAGUCAUAAGUGGGAGCAGUGCGGGUGCCAUUGUGGCCAGCAUCCUGUCGGUUCACCAUAAGGAUGAAAUUCCAGAACUAUUGGAACGUGUGCUGGACACAGAGUUUAAUAUAUUCAAGGACGACAAACAGAAGAGUGAAAGUGAAAAUUAUCUGAUAAAAAUCUCAAGAUUUCUCAAGAAUGGAACCUGGUUUGAUAAUAAACAUUUAGUCAAUACGAUGGUUUCAUUUCUUGGUGAUUUGACGUUUAGAGAGGCCUAUAAUAGAACAGGUAAAAUUUUGAACAUUACCGUUUCUCCGGCAUCGUUAUUUGAGCAACCUCGUCUUUUAAAUAACCUUACAGCACCAAACGUGCUAAUUUGGUCAGCAGUUUGUGCAUCGUGCUCCUUACCAGGAAUCUUCCCAUCGAGUCCACUGUACGAAAAGGAUCCACAGACCGGAGAGAAGAGAGAAUGGAGCGGUAGCGCUUCAGUAAAAUUUGUCGAUGGUUCGGUGGAUAACGAUUUACCGAUUUCGAGGCUAUCUGAAAUGUUCAAUAUUGACCAUAUCAUUGCAUGUCAAGUCAAUGUUCAUGUUUUCCCUUUCCUCAAACUUUCCCUCUCCUGUGUCGGUGGUGAUAUCGAAGACGAAUUUAGUGCUCGCUUGAAGCAAAAUUUAACAAACGUUUACAAUUUCAUGGCAAAUGAGGCAAUCCAUCUCCUAGAGCUAGCUUGUGAACUGGGGAUUGCCAAGAACGCCCUAACGAAAAUGAGAUCGGUGUUAUCACAGCAAUACUCGGGUGACAUAACGAUUUUACCGGAUAUGAAGAUGCUUUUUCGCUUAGAUGAGCUCUUAGCAAAUCCAUCGAAGGAGUUUUUAUUACGUGAAACAACAAACGGUGCCCGCGCUACUUGGCCUAAAGUAUCUAUAAUCAAGAAUCACUGUGGCCAAGAAUUUGCUCUAGAUAAAGCAAUCACAUAUUUGAAGGGGCGAAUCAUUGGUUCUUCAUCCAUCAAAAACCCCUUACAAUUUGUUGACAUGCCCGUGGGAUUAAUCAAGACACGUAACCAGAAGGACGAUGUAGAAGAUAAGGAUGAAGGUAAUAUCAUGAUCACUUCCCUGGACGACAAUCUUUUUGAAUCCGAGUCAAUAAACUCUUUGCUGCUUCUCAGAGAAAAUGCAGCCACUUAUAGGCAUGCAUCCAGUGGCAAGUUCAGCUUACCGCUCUACGGAGCUGCCAGCAACAUCAGACAUCAACGCAGAAAGUCCGAGACAAACGCACGUUCGCGACAGUCUAGUAAGUCUGUAUCAUUCCCGGUAUCUUCUUCUUCUUCACGGAUACAGAGAAACGCAAGUAAGGUUAUUGCAAAUCCACCUCGUUUGUCUAAGAAGUUGAGUGCUGGACACAUUUUCACUCAAAUGGCGUCAAAGCGAGACCAAAGAAGGCUUCUUGACAGAAAGGAUUCAUCUCCAAUGAUUAAUACCAGCGACGUGGCACCACAAUCUGCUCCUGUGAGAUUUGAGACCAGACUCAAGAGCCAUUCAUCUUCGAGAAGUAUUAGACAGCGGUCGAAAAGGAACAGAAAGAGGAAGAGCAAUACACUCUCAACCGCGGGCUCGGAAGAGGAAGAAGGUGCAGGCAUCUUUGCUGGAAGCCCUAAUGACUCUCGCGACAAAAGGACGUACGAUUUUCGUUCAAGGCAUAACAGCAUAACCGACACCAAUCUGAGGAGAGACACCAGGUUGUCCGGUUCAAGCGGUGGGCCAUACUCACCAAAGUCUCAGAGACCCUUAACACUCAAGAAUGAUUCCUCCAACAAAAUUGAAUUGCUCGAGAAGAGUCCGGCCAAGACGGCUACUUCUUCAUCUGAAGAAGUUUGA